AGUGUGGGAAGCCUGUGUUUUCACCUCCAGUGUCGCCAACACACGUUUUGACGUCGCUGCGCCUUGCUAGGCGAUUGGCGAGCUAAGAUGGCGGCGCCAGAGGAGCCAGAAUUAUCUCAGGCGCAGACCGAAAAACUCCUCCAAUUUCAGGACCUCACUGGUUUGGAAUCUAUGGACCAAUGUCGUCGCACAUUAGAACAACAUAACUGGAACAUUGAGGCUGCAGUACAAGACAGACUUAAUGAGCAGGAAGGAGUACCCAGUGUCUUCAACCCUCCACCAUCCAGACCUUUACAGGUCAAUACAGCAGACCACAGAGUAUAUAGUUAUAUUGUCUCCAGGCCGCAACCCAGGGGCUUGCUGGGAUGGAGUUAUUACUUGAUAAUGUUACCUUUCAGAUUUACAUAUUACACACUCCUGGACAUAUUCAGGUUUGCCCUGCGGUUUGUCAGACCAGACCCUCGCGGCCGUGUUACAGACCCUGUAGGAGAUGUUGUGUCCUUCAUUCAUAGUUUUGAGGAGAAGUAUGGCCGCUCACAUCCUGUUUUUUACCAGGGAACGUACAGCCAGGCACUAAACGAUGCCAAAGGGGAGCUCCGUUACCUUUUAGUGUAUCUUCAUGGAGACGAUCAUCAAGACACUGAUGAGUUUUGCCGCUCCACAUUAUGUACAGAAGAAGUGAUAACCUUCCUCAACGCCCGAAUGCUGUUCUGGGCAUGCUCAACGAACAAACCUGAGGGCUACAGAGUGUCUCAAGCUCUGCGGGAGAACACUUACCCAUUCCUGGCCAUGAUCAUGUUGAAGGACCGCAAGAUGACAGUGGUGGGUAGGCUAGAGGGCCUCAUGCAGCCCGAGGACUUCAUCAAUCAGCUCAACUUCAUCAUGGAAGCCAACCAAACAUAUCUGAUGUCUGAAAGAAUGGAACGGGAGGAGAGGAGUCAGACACAAGUGCUAAGACAGCAGCAGGACGAGGCGUACUUGGCCUCCCUGCGGGCCGACCAGGAGAAGGACCGAAAGAAAAGAGAGGAGGAGGAGCAAAGGAGGCAAGAAGAGGAGAAGGUCCUACAGAGUGUCCUUGCUGAGGAGAGGCGACGACGAACUCUUGAAGAGGAGAAGGAGAGGAAGUCAGAAUGUCUCCCACCCGAGCCGCUUGCUGAUGACCCUGAGAGCGUCAAAAUAGUCUUCAAGCUGCCCAAUGACACACGAGUAGAAAGACGAUUCCUCUUUGGCCAAUCUCUUACGGUAAUAUACGACUUCCUGUUCUCGUUGAAAGAAAGCCCAGAGAAGUUUCAGAUAGUCACCAACUUCCCUCGUCGAGUCUUGCCCUGCCUUCCAACUGAGGAUCAGCCCAACCCUCCCACGCUGAAAGAGGCCGGACUCAGCCGCUCCGAGGUCCUUUUUGUUCAGGAUCUUACGGACGAUUAAAAAGACCUCACGCCGCUUCUGUGGGAACACAAUUUUCCAACGCUCCACACGACCCUCCCCUCUUUUUUUGUUGAAUGGCCACUAUGGGGUCCCGGAGGAAGAGAUGGAAUAUGUAAACCUCACUACACCAGUCAUCGUUCACCCCUUCACAGGGUUCCCAAUAGCCUGGAAAGUCUUGAAUUUUAUCAAAAUAAAUAUUAUCUUCAAGUUUU